CUGAUUCCCAGUGGUCAUCCUCCCUGCCUGUCAUCGUGUCGUCUGCCCUGCCCUGCUGUUUGACUGUGUCACACCUAAAUCUCCCUGUUGUGCCUUGUCUUUAGUGCUAAUAAAAUCCCUUCAUUGCUCAUUCUGCGCCUGGGUCCUCACUCCUGCAAAACCUGACAUUAGGGUGCUACUACUGAUCUUAUUAUUGUUUUGUUAACAUUGUAUUCAGCAUCUGCUGCUUCUCCUCAGGUUCAUACAGAGGUUUGAGCAAUCAAGGAGCAACCUGCUAUUUGAAUGCAACCUUACAGGUGCUCUUCAUGACCAAAUCAUUCAGAGAGAGAGUGAUGAGAGCUUCCAGUGACACAAAUGAGAAUUUAGUGUCAGCAUUAAAGAAAAUAUUCCAAGAGCUCAGCAAUCAGUACAGUGGUGCUCCGAGUGUCUCGACUCGUGGAAUAAUCACUUCUCUUGGUAUACAGAAUGUAAAUGAGCAGCAGGAUGCUGUGGAAUACUUCCAAGAUAUCCUAGAGAAAGUAGAUUCUACUUUGGCCGAGGACUUUAGUGGAACUCUGAGGAACAUCAGAAAGUGUUCACAUCAUCACGUGUCCCAUGAUGACAGCCCAUUCAAGUCACUACAGAUUCCUGUUAUCACAAGAGAUGGACAGUUCAAACUUGAAGAUGGACUCAAGAAAUAUUUUGAGUCUACAAUAUUAGUUGAAGAUGAUCAGAUGUACUGUAAUGAUUGUGACGAGAAGAGGGAUACGACACUGAGUAUUGAAAUACACGAGUAUCCAGAAAUACUGCCUUUGCACCUUAAAAGGUUCGAGUAUGACUAUAGAGUUCGUGGGUUUGUGAAAAAUGAUUGCCCCAUGGAUGUGCCGCUUCAUUUACCUCCAGAGGUACGUAACCCCACUAAACUACACAAUAAACCCUCUUAUUUUAUUCUGCUAUGA